CUAUCCCCUCUCCGGUUCUCCCCAAAAUUUGGCGGCUCGGUGCUCUCUCUCUCUCUCUCUCUCUCCAGUCCCAGUCGCCGGCGGGGUCGCAGAAUCUGACUGACUGAGGUAGGGUCUACCGGAGAGGGAGAAGAAAAAGGUGGCGAUGAUGGCUUGCAGGCUCCGAUUUCACCAACUUAGGCUGAUUGGCGUCCGACCGGCCUGCUGCUCUCCGUCCCGGGAGUUUGCUGCGGUGAAAUCCAAAAAAAUCCAGCUCCCCAAGAAGAAACGGCGCUUGGAUGAAGUGUGUCUUGAAAGGUUUCAACAAUACAGCAGAACGUACAUCCAGUCAUGGAUUCUUCAGGGUAAGGUCCAUGUGAAUGGACGAGUCGUGAAUAAAGCUGGAACACAAGUAUCUGACAAGUCGGUCAUAGAAAUCAAGGCUGAAAUCCCAAAAUAUGUAUGUAGAGCUGGGCAUAAGCUAGAGGCAGCUAUCAAAGAAUUUGGAGUUGACUGUGAUGGAAAGGUAGCCCUUGAUUCAGGGCUGUCUACAGGCGGGUUUACCGACUGUUUGCUUCAGCAUGGGGCAUCACAUGUUUACGGUGUUGAUGUUGGCUAUGGACAGGUGGCUGAAAAAAUUCGUGUGCAUGAACAUGUUUCAGUAAUUGAACGUACAAAUUUAAGACAUCUUUCUGAGCUCCCACAACUGGUUGACUUGGUGACGCUGGACCUAUCAUUCAUCUCAAUUCUCGUGGUUAUGCCUGCUGUAGUCAAAGUAAUGAAGACAGAGUCGACGUUGAUAGCACUUAUCAAACCACAAUUCGAAGCUCGUAGAUCUCAGGUAGGAAGUGGUGGAAUUGUUCGCGAUCCUCUGGUUCAUAAAGAGGUGGUAGAUAGGAUCAUCUCUGGCAUAGAGCAGUUUGGAUUCCGCAACGAGGGCUGGAUUGAAUCUCCACUAAAGGGCGCAGAAGGGAACAUUGAGUUUCUUGCCUGCUUCCACAGGAUCCCCGUGCCAGAGCCACAGGAAGAGGCUGAGGCACAGGUAGCACAGGCACAGGAAACAUGACUAAUGUCCAGGCUAUGCUAGAUCUAUUUUUUUUCCAGCGAAUAGCUGGAGAAUUAGCAUGGUGUGAUAUUAGCGAUAAAACAACGGUUUGCCAUUAUUGUCAAGCAAAAGCAUCUGGAUUCCCUGUCUAGCUAUAUCCUGGGACAUUUUGUAUAUGCCACUGAAGUUGUGACAUUUUGCUCGGCAAGAUGUACAAUAGAGAUCCAGAAAUGACAGCGAGAUACUCUGUUGUAUAUCAGAUUUGAAAACUUCCUGAUGGCAUGAAAUCACAAAUUCAUGA